AUGAUCUUCGCUGUUACUGUACUAAUUAUAGUUUCCAAUUGUCAUGCGUUAUCUACUGGUACUGAUAGCGGAGACUCGCUUCUCUUGGGCGCCUCGCUUUUUGGAAAUCAGACAAUAAUAUCACAGAAUGGCACGUUUGAAUUGGGAUUUUUCAGCCCAAACGGAAGCAAUAACUGGUAUCUUGGCAUCUGGUAUGCUAUAUUAUCAAAGGAGGCCGUUGUUUGGGUGGCUAAUAGGGAGAGCCCGGCAAAAAACAAGCCUGGCGUUUUGAAGCUGUCAAAACAAGGUAAUCUGGGACUUUUUGAUGCAGAGGGCACGUCUCUUUGGUCGGCCAAUGUAUCGAACAAGCCGUCGCGGGCUGUGCUGUUAGAUUCUGGUAAUUUUUUGAUGCUGAGCAACUACAAUGAAUCUGAGACUCUUUGGCAGAGUUUCGACUUUCCUGUAGAUACCGUGUUGCCCGGGAUGUGGCUCAGUGAACAGCAAAAGUUAAUCAGUUGGAAAAACUCAAUGGAUCCCGCUCCUGGGCUUUUCUCCAUUCAGUUGGAUCCAUCUGGAGCUAGAGAAUUCGUGCUAACAUGGAACAAUUCUGUUCAGUAUUGGAAGAGUGGAACUUGGGACGGGAAAAUUUUCAGUGGGCUUCCUGAACUGGUAAAUGGAGACUUGUACAAUAUCAGCCAUAAAAGUACUAGCUCUGGUUUGUAUUUUAGUUAUACAGUGCUGAAGUUGGUCUCAUGUUUUCUAAAACUAAAUUCCGGAGCAAUACAAAUAUUUUGUUUGUAUGAUAAACCUAAACCAAUCAUGGUAGUGAGUCGCCCCAGAGAUCAAUGCGACGUAUAUGGUGUUUGUGGCGCUUAUGGAAGCUGUAACUCCAACAAUCUUCAGUUCUGCAGCUGCAUGGGAGGUUUCUCACCGGCAGACAAGCGUGCCUGGGACUCACAUGACUGGUGGUCAAGUGGCUGUGUUCGGCAGAGCCCAUUAAACUGCAGUACCCAAAAAGGCAGCCCUGACAAAUUUAUCGACUCUGGUGUAACGUUGCCUGAUGAUUCAGCUUCGUCAUACCCUGCACCCACAAAGGAAGAUUGCCAGAAAGCCUGCCUCCGCAACUGCUCGUGCACUGCGUUUACUUUCAAUUCUCCUUCAGGACCCUGCAAAAUCUGGUCAGGAGAUUUGCUAAACAUCCAAAACAGCAGAUCGACUAUCUCCAUUCGAGUGGCUGCCUCUGCACUUCCAAAGCUUCAUAAACCACCGUCCUCCAAACUGAAAACCAUAAUUAUUGUGAGUGCUCUCACCCUCGCUUUGAUUAUCUUUUUAUUUUUAAUGUGGCAAAGGUAUCGGCUACGACAACCAAUGGACACAAUUGAAGAUUCCUCAGGCCCUUCACUUAGAACGUUUAGCUACAAGGAGUUGAAGAUUGCAACAAGGAAUUUUAGGUCUAAGUUGGGGAGCGGAGGAUUCGGCUCAGUGUUCAAAGGAUCUCUACCAGACGGCACGCUUGUGGCCGUAAAGAAAUUGGAAGGUUCAAAACAACAAGAUAAGCAAUUUCGAGCGGAAAUCAGUUCUCUUGGCAGCAUACAACAUGGGAAUUUGAUCAGGCUUCGAGGGUUUUGUGCUGAAGGAUCCAAAAGGUUGUUGGUUUAUGAUUACAUGCCCAAUGGCUCUCUAAAUUCCUUGCUGUUCAAAAGUAAACCAAAGGUACACGACUGGAAGACCCGAUUCCAGAUCGCUUUAGGCUUUCUCGAUGAAAGUAACUCCAGAAGUAAACCAAAGGUACUCGACUGGAAGAUCCGAUUCCAGAUCGCUUUAGGGACUGCACGAGAUUUUGGGUUGUCAAAGCUUGUGGGUAGAGAUUUCAGCAACGUACUAACAACAACAAGAGGAACGAGAGGGUAUUUGGCUCCUGAGUGGAUCUCCGGUCUUCCCAUCACUUCCAAAGUUGAUGUGUACAGUUUUGGUAUAACGCUCUUGGAAAUAAUUUCUGGCCGAAGAAGUCUGGAUUUAAACGUGCAAGAUUCAAGUCAGUAUUACUUUCCCGCAUGGGCUGCAGCCCAAAUUUGCCAGGGGAAGAUGAUUAAUAUUGUGGACGAAAGUGUUGCAGCGGAGGCAGAUGUUGAAGAGGUGAGAAGAGCAAGCGUUGUAGGGUUAUUAUGCAUAGAAAGGGAGGAGGAGGGGAGGCCAAGCAUGGAACAAGUAGUGCGGAUGCUGGAAGGGAAGAUGGAACCUCAAACUCCGCAGAUGCUGAAUUCUGCAUUCGUAGAUAACCAAGUCAACCGAACCGAGACUGAUAGCGAUAGCAAUGACAGUGUUGUAGAAUAA